AUGACUAGAAAACCUCCGGAAGCUCCACUAGUCGUCGUUCUCGGUGCUACUGGCACCGGCAAAUCUCAGCUGGCUGUGGAAUUGGCGACACGUUUCGAAGGCGAGAUUAUUAAUGGGGAUGCUAUGCAAAUGUAUCAAGGUCUUCCUAUUAUUACCAACAAGAUAACGCCAGAGGAACAGCGAGGCAUCCCCCACCAUUUGCUAGGAACUAUCGCCAUCGAUGAAGAGCCAUGGACAGUCGGAUUAUUCAAGAAGAAAGCUACACAAAUCAUCCAAGAAAUAAGGUCCAGGGGACGUCUGCCGAUACUUGUAGGAGGCACGCAUUACUAUACACAGUCAUUGCUGUUUGACGAAACAUUGGUCGAGACAGAGGCCAUGGAAAGACCACGAGCGACCUCCUCGGAUCAUGAAAGUGAACAAAUAUAUCCUAUUCUGGACGGGACAACAGAAGAGAUGCUGCAACGGCUGCAAGAGGUCGAUCCCACCAUGGCAAAUCGCUGGCACCCAAAGGACAGGCGGAAAAUUCGGAGAUCUCUGGAAAUAUAUCUUACGACUGGCAAACGAGCAUCCGACAUAUAUGAAGAACAACAACAACGUAAGACUGCUAAGCGAGUAGGGUCAGCUGCCGCAGAACAAGACUCAGCAAGUUUACCGGUUCCCAAGCAAUCGGUCAUCUUGUUCUGGGUUCAUUCGGACCCUGAGGUUCUGAAGCAGCGACUCGAUGCGAGAAUUGGCAACAUGGUGAAGAUGGGUCUGCUUGAUGAAGUGAUGUCCAUGAGUAGCUUCCAAGAGCACGAAAAGAUGGCUGGGAAUGUCGUUGACGUAACAAGAGGAAUUUGGGUGUCCAUUGGUUGGAAAGAGUUUGAAAAGUACCUCUCCGCUCUGAAAUCGACGGAGUGCUCUUCUGAGGAUUUGAACAAACUCUAUGAGCUUUCCAUCGAGCAAAUACAGACUGCUACACGUCAGUAUGCAAAACGACAGAUCCGUUGGAUACGAAUAAAAUUAAUGAACGCUCUGUCAGAGGCUGGGUUGCGGGAGAAACUCUAUGUGGUUGAUGCCAGUUCUGUGGCCAAAUGGGACGCGAAUGUGUCUGCGCCCGCCAUUGAAAUCACAGGCAAGUUUCUCAACGCUGAUAUUAUGCCUCUCCCCCAAGAGGUCUCUCCUAUCGCGAGACACUUGCUCACGCCGGAUGAGGGAGUCAACGAAGUGCAAGAAGGCAUUCGUCAAGAAUGCCAAUUGUGCCACGUAACGAUCGUCAAUGAACUCCAAUGGCGGGCACAUCUAGGUAGUCGUCGUCACAGAGCACUCGCAAAGAAACGCCUAAAGAACAGUAGGUCACAUCUAGAAGUUGUACCCACUGCCCCCCAAUGUGUCGAAGGCCCAGUCACUUAG